AUGUGUGAUGGGGGCUUGGACCCAGCCACCACCAAGUCCUUCCUCUACCAGCUCCUUCGGGGAAUAGCGUAUUGCCACGCCCAUCGAGUUUUGCAUCGUGACUUAAAGCCUCAGAACCUGUUGAUCAAUAGAGAAGGCUCCCUGAAGCUGGCGGACUUCGGCCUGGCGAGGGCCUUCGGCAUCCCCGUGCGGAGCUAUACGCACGAGGUUGUGACGCUGUGGUAUAGAGCUCCAGAUGUUCUGAUGGGCUCGCGGAAGUAUUCGACUCCAGUAGACAUCUGGUCGGUUGGCUGCAUCUUCGCAGAAAUGGUGAACGGGCGUCCGCUCUUCCCGGGAGACACCGACGCCAACCAGCUGCAGAAGAUCUUCAAGAUCCUUGGCACUCCCACGGCGGAGCUUUGGCCCUCGAUCACCGAGCUGCCCGACUGGAAGCCGGACUUCACCAUGUUCGAUCCUCAGCCGUGGGGUAACAUCACGCCUUCUCUGGACGCGGAGGGCAUGGACCUCAUGUCGAAAUUCCUCCAGUACUGGCCGGAGAAGCGAAUAUCUGGCAAAGCCGCCCAGGACCAUGACUACUUCAGGGGUCUCAGCGAAGCCAUCAAGAACAUGAAGUGA